AUGGGGGUCAGGAUGGAAGUUGUUGAGAGGGAUCUUUUCGAGCAAGCAUGUCAGAGCCCAUCUGAGAACCGUUCAUACUGUAUUCUUCUUUCUGAAUCAUCCAUUUCCAUCAGUAACUCAGUCUCUUUGCCUCCAGCAGUUAUGCAGCAAACACCACCUUCUGGACAGAAUUCCAUCAGCCUCCAACCGGAUGUUUUGGAUUUUAACUGUGCUGAGAGGAAAGGAAAAUAUACCGAAAAUUGUGAAAUGAUGGAGUUAUCCGUCUGUAAAGAGGCGUUUAUUGAGCCAAGAAUAUCGCCGGCUGUCAAGACAGUCUCUGUACGAACGGAGCAAAGCAAGAUGAAUUGCAAUGAUAGCCUUCACACUUCGAUUGCAAUAAACUCCUCGAUAAAUUUAAAUAAAUGCCAUUUCUCUGAAGGUGAAGGGUUGUCGUUUCCUUCCAACAUUCAAAAUUAUCUGCCUAGGGUAAACGAGAAACUAGGAGAUAUACCAGAAACUAUGGAUGCAUCACAUUCUACCCCUACACAGCCAUUCUUUGCGUUGCAAGAGGCUUAUGAGUUUAAACCAUUAUCAUCUGCCAACUCCUCAACUACUUUGUCCAUACAAGAUCAGGGUCUCGAACCAGAAUACAAUCCCCAGCUAGGGCGGCGUAAGGCACGCUCAAAAGAAUUUUCUAUUGUUCCUUCUCGCAGCAUUUGGAAUUCAUCCCAGAUUCCCUGCAGGGCUGUUCGUGACAAGAGCAAUGGCAGUUGUCAUAAUGAACAGCCCUUACGACGCUCGAUGAGGAAAGAAAGUCGACAGAAAUCAAAUCCGGCCAGAAAAAAGCCUUCUUAUUCUUUGAUAGACCGAAUAUUUCGUGUUACAUUUGCUGGAUCUGAUUUUCCUGAAAAUAGAUACAGAAAUAAUGGGCUUAGUUCAAGCAUCCAUCUUGACCGGCUUGAAGAAUCCCGCUGUCGUGCGAAGCAAAGGACGCAAAAUGGAACAAAUAAAUACUGCAGUUCAACCCAACUUUUCAUAGAAACUUCGGCUCGGUUGCAAGACAUGAGAGAAAAUCACGUAAGUCAGGCAAGCAGAGUUAAAUACAAGGAUAAAAUCAGGGACAAGCCUCGUCAACGUAUGGAUCUUAAUAUUGGUGGUUCAAAACACAAAACCCUCAGAAGACAGGCACCUAUAAAAUAUGCAAUCGAAAGCAUACGUAAAGAUUUUGAGCCUAUUCACCAGACUACCAGUCUGAUGGGGCUAAAUAAGAAGCAAAACAUAAAUCAAGCUCAAAAUAAUCGUACAAGCAUAACUGGCUUUACUGAGUCUACUUCAUUGAGCCAUACGUAUGAUGCAAGACUCCGUGAGUAUAAUGCUAAAAAUAUCAGGAAUGCAAAUGUGAAGACCGUUGAUGCUACUGAAAAGCCAGAAUGUAAUUUAAGGAAAAUAGAGGUAGAGGCGAACGAAAUUUGCGAGAACACCAAUAAUAAUAACAUAAGCAACCAACUUGACACUAAUGAUAAGAACGAAGAUGGGGGUAGCAACCGUAGUAAAAAUCAGAUCGAAUCACAACCCGGCCAGAAGGCAGCUUGCUCAGUAACUUCACCUGUGAUGGCAGUUGAUAAAAAGGAGUUAGACCAAGCCGAAGAAAUGCGCAUCGCCACAAAUGAGUUCUCCAUCUUGUCACCCACAACGGAACAUUUUCAACCGAAAGAUCAACCGGCCAGCGGAAGCAGCAUCAGUGGCAGCCUUUCAAUUGUGGUGACACCUGAUGUCAGGAAUGAUAAUAGCGCUGAAGCUAGGCCAAUAGGAUUAGGCCAACCAACUGCUAGAAUGGACUCCUCUGGACAGGAAGAGCAUACAACAGAUCAGAUGUUGGAAUUUUCGUCCAGUCGUGCCUCGGAACCGGAUUCCGAUGUGACAUUAGAUAGUGCUGACCAACUGCCAGGCCACCUGAUAUUAACACCUUGGCUGCGACCGGCCCUAAGACAGCCUCUUUUACUUCCAGAACACUUAGCAAAUGCAUAUCGAGUUAAUUUAGGCACAAAUGGUCAAAUCUUAGCUCAUGCCAACAUAUAUCCACACACCAUGUACGCCCAUCCUCACUCUCACCCACAUCAACAGCAACAGACACCAAUAAUAUCCUCAUUAUCAUCCCCCGUUCAAUCAGGUUUGAAUCAAAUACAACAUGUCCCAUCACAUGCGCACCUAUAUCCACACGUUGUAGAUCAGAGAAAUAUCAACAUUGGGCUGAUCUCAGAAGACGGCGCAGUGCCGAUCAGCUGGACCUAUUCAGUCGGGCAAGUUGGUCGGCUUGGAGGAUUGGGCUGUGGUGAUGAUGGAACAAACCGACGGGCUUUGCUCGAACAUCAAGCUUUGAGGCUGGGGGAACUCGGCUUUUUCAGCUUUGAUCAGCCUUGGGACAGUAGAGGCUCCAAUUCACAGAUUGGGUCACUAUCUGGCCUGUAUACGGGGUAUUCACGAUCUACCACAUUGCCAAGCGUUCAUGAAACCAGCAGUUUGGAAAACGUUCAAUCCUCAGAUGAUAAUUACGAGUCUGUAUUUGAAGGCCUACUUUCAGUCUUCCAUACGCGAAAUGAACACGAGCCAGAUGUGGCCUUUGAGCCUACCCAGACGGCAAUUACUGAAAUAACGGUUCUUCGGGGGACAUCAGGGCAUCUUGGACAAGUGGAGCAGAUUGGUUCCAUGCAGGAAACAGACGAGAGUGGAAUGGUGACGGUGCACAGCAUCCCUUCGGAGAUAAUCAGCAGUAUGCCAUUAUUUACGCCGACGACACCGAGUCAUUCCACAGUAACGGCCAGUACAUCACAUUUGAGGCAUGGACUUCUUGACUCAUCUGCAUCAGCAUGUCUAGUAACUCUGUCGCAGCCUCUCCCUCUAGUACCAGCUUCCCUGCCUGUGCUGGGCCAACAGCAUCAGGAUUCACCCAUGGUAUCGGCUACACCCACCACAUCCUCUCCUAGCGGGAUGUCUGGGCUACCGUUAACUGUGCCAGCAACUAGUAUAUUCCGACAUCAAGGAAAACAUGGGGCUAUUCAUCAUUCUCCCGCCGCUCCUUGA